CCCCUUCCCCACCCCGCCCCGCCGGGAAAACGCGAGCCGUCGCCGCGCUCCCCAAAUCGCCACCUGCCCUCGGCCAACCGUCCCCAACGGCCGCCCGCGCACGGCUCCCGGGCCCCCGGCUCUUCCCCGCACGCCCCUCCGAGCGCCGGGGGGUGCUUCCUCCCCGCCGCGUUGCACUUUCCCCCCUCACAGGCGCGCCGGUGGGCAGUGCCGCCAUGCCCCAGCCACAGGCUGCUCACGGGCCUAGGCGCGGCGGCCCGAGAUAGGGUCCCUGAGCCUCCCGGGGGAGGAGAGGGAGCGAGCCGCGCGCUCCGCCCCCUCCCCCCGGGCUGUCGCCGCCGCCGCCACCUCGCCGCUUCAGCCUGGCGGGGAGGAGGAGGAGCAGCAGCAGGCCUCCGGGCCCUGGCACCGCCGCCCGCAGGACAUUUCUGAUUCAUUUGCAUCCUUGAAGAGCAUCUGUAGAAGAGGAAGGAAAAGAUGGGUGUGAAAACAUUUACUCAUAGCUCCUCUUCUCACAGCCAGGAAAUGCUUGGAAAGCUAAAUAUGCUGCGAAAUGAUGGACAUUUUUGUGAUAUCACUAUUCGUGUCCAGGACAAAAUCUUCAGGGCACAUAAAGUAGUACUAGCAGCUUGCAGUGAUUUCUUUCGCACCAAACUUGUAGGCCAAGCAGAGGAUGAGAACAAGAAUGUGUUGGAUCUGCAUCAUGUUACCGUGACUGGCUUUAUACCCCUUCUAGAAUAUGCUUACACGGCCACUUUGUCCAUUAACACAGAAAAUAUUAUUGAUGUUCUCGCUGCAGCCAGCUAUAUGCAAAUGUUUAGUGUUGCUAGCACCUGCUCAGAAUUUAUGAAAUCAAGCAUUUUAUGGAAUACACCCAACAGCCAACCAGAAAAGGGUCUAGAUGCUGGACAAGAAAAUAAUUCUAACUGCAAUUUUACUUCUCGAGAUGGAAGCAUUUCUCCAGUGUCUUCAGAGUGCAGUGUGGUAGAAAGAACCAUUCCUGUCUGCCGAGAAUCACGGAGAAAGCGCAAAAGCUACAUUGUUAUGUCUCCUGAAAGUCCUGUAAAGUGUAGCACACAAACAGGUUCACCCCAGGUAUUGAAUUCUUCAGCUUCCUACUCAGAAAAUAGAAAUCAGCCAGUUGACUCUUCUUUAGCUUUUCCCUGGACUUUUCCUUUUGGAAUUGAUCGAAGGAUUCAACCUGAGAAGGUUAAGCAGGCAGAAAAUACCCGGACUUUAGAAUUACCUGGCCCGUCUGAGACAGGUAGAAGAAUUGCUGAUUAUGUGACUUGUGAAAGCACAAAAACUACCUUGCCUCUGAGUACAGAAGAAGAUGUCCGGGUCAAAGUAGAAAGGUUAAGUGAUGAGGAGGUCCAUGAGGAAGUGUCCCAGCCUGUCAGUGCAUCUCAGAGUUCCCUGAGCGAUCAGCAGACAGUGCCAGGAAGUGAACAAGUCCAAGAGGACCUUCUGAUUAGUCCACAGUCUUCCUCUAUAGGCUCAGUAGACGAAGGCGUUACCGAGGGACUGCCUACACUUCAAAGCACCUCUGGCACUAAUGCUCAUGCAGAUGAUGAUGAUCGAUUGGAAAAUGUUCAGUAUCCCUACCAACUCUACAUUGCUCCUUCUACCAGCAGUACAGAACGACCAAGCCCAAAUGGUCCAGACAGACCUUUUCAGUGUCCGACCUGUGGGGUGCGAUUCACCCGUAUUCAGAACCUAAAACAGCACAUGCUCAUCCACUCAGGAAUUAAACCAUUUCAGUGUGACCGCUGUGGGAAAAAGUUCACCAGGGCUUACUCGCUAAAGAUGCAUCGCCUAAAGCAUGAAGGUAAACGCUGUUUCCGGUGCCAGAUAUGUAGUGCCACUUUCACUUCCUUCGGGGAAUAUAAACACCACAUGAGGGUUUCCCGGCACAUUAUCCGCAAGCCUCGGAUUUACGAGUGCAAAACAUGUGGCGCCAUGUUCACCAACUCUGGAAAUUUAAUCGUGCACCUGAGGAGUCUGAACCAUGAAGCAUCAGAGCUAGCAAACUACUUCCAGAGCAGUGAUUUCCUAGUACCGGACUACUUAAACCAGGAGCAAGAAGAGACCCUUGUUCAGUAUGAUCUUGGAGAACAUGGUUUUGAAAGCAACUCCUCUGUUCAAAUGCCUGUAAUUUCGCAGGUCUCCUCGACCCAGAAUUGCGAAAGCACUUUCCCCCUGGGGUCUCUUGGUGGGCUGGCAGAGAAGGAAGAAGAAGUGCCAGAGCAGCCAAAGACCAGUGGUUGUGCUGAGGCCACCAGAGAUGAUCCCCCCAAAUCAGAGCUGUCUUCUAUAACUAUUGAGUAAUUUUGUGGUUUGGCUUCAUUUUUGGUUUUUAGAAAGUGCCUGUGCUUGGUCUUGUACAUUUAAUUUAAAUUUUUAAACAAAAACAAAACAAAAAAAGUUUGGGAAAGAGUUUCCCUUUUUACUUUAUAAGCCCUGCAACUGAUGUUUUAUUUUUCAUAACUGAGAGAUUGCUUCUGUAAGUACACAGUAACAUAACGUUGAAACAUAAUAGGAAUUACGAGACUUAAGGGGAACCAGUUGACUUUAAAACACAUACUGGUUUCUUCUUCCAUUGUUAAAAGUAGGCUAACAGCAGAUCAUUAGGUAGAGGAGAAAUCAGAUGAUCAUUGACCUUCCUGAGAUGAAAGGGCACUCGAGAAACAGAUUAAACAGAAUUCACAAAUGGCCUGGGUAGAUAUUUACUACUAUAUACAGGACGUUGUACAAUAUUUUGUUGAACCUGUUGUUUUUCAAAGUAUUUAUGGUAAGCUUUCUUAAAAAUUAUUAGGACAAAUACUUCUGAAAUAUGGCAUACUCUUUUAAACUUUGUGAUUUCUGUUAUGAUUUUUAAUGGUGAAAAUUUGGUACUGAGAGAGGCAUCCCCUAUACCUUUAUAGCACCACUCCAAAGGCCAAGAAGCAUGAUUGAGAAUAGUCAGGCUGUGGAUGAAAUGACCAGGAAUGGAGAAUGAAGUAUGUAAAUCUCAGCUUCAUAGGAACCUUUUAAAUACUGCUUUUCUGACUAAAAUUGAUGUUUACCUGGUCUUUGAAUGUUAAUGCCUGAUUCACUAUGUCAUUGCCCAAGUCAGUUUUCCCCUUACCCCAUCACCAGUAUGUUUUCUUGCAUAUACUGGCGUGCUACCAUAUAAAGGAAAAAUAUUGGAGAUAUUCUAUAUUUUAUAUAUAGGUUUAUGUAUUGUUGGAGGUGUUUUUAUUGUGCUGUUUUGGACAAAAUAAAUAAUUCUCUGUUGAGGCUACAUUCUUAACCCAAGUAAGAUUGUUUACAAAAUUCCAUAUGACAGCGAUACAUUGUACUUGUUCCAAAAUAUUUUUAGACAUUGUUAAGUUUAUUAAAAGCAGUUACUAUAGUUUUUACACAAUGUAAGCAAUAAUGUCAAAGAUGAGAAGAAGCUAUAAAGUGAUCACCUUACAACUCAUAAAUCUGUUUUGGGAAAAUUGCUAAGACUAUUGAAAAACUAAAAACCUUAAAUUAAUGAAUAUCACCUUUUCUGCUGCUAAAAAUAUGAAACUUUUUGAUUUAUAACUUCAGACUUGGGUAUACUUUUUAUAUAGUGCCAUUAAAACAUCUCUGAUCUUGAUCUUAAAUAUUCAUGAGUCCAUGAAUAAUAAACUUAUGAGAAAUUUUUUUUAAUGGAGAUAGUCAAAGCUUAAUAAUUAUGAAAACACUUGAUUGGAUUAUAAAAGAAAAACAAAAUACAGUUCUUUAGUCAAAACACAAGAUCUGAAUUUGGUUCAAUGCUAGACCUUAAUAUACUUUUUAAAUCAAAGUGAUUGUUUCCGUUUUAAAAAUUGGCUAAUUCUGUAGUAUCUCCCCCCCCCCCAUAAAUGUAAAGAAGGGGAAAGUAAACUCAUUAGGACAUUUUUAGAUUAAGGUUCUUCUUGUCUCUGUCCAUAUUCUGAUUUCCUUAACUUAUUUCCAAGUCUUUACUCAUGCACCUGUUUUUUACCCAUUUUUCCCAAACAUAGAUUUGUUACCGUCUGGAAAAUUAGCAUGUACAGGUUAUGACGGGGCUUCCACCACUUACUGAUAGGGUUGAAUUAUUUUCUGCAACAGACUGUGAUACUUAACUACAGUACUGCUGUGUCUCAACUGGAAAGGUCAGGAAUUUUUAUUUUUAAUGUUAUAUAUAGUCUUAGGAAGUAUUAUGCUUACAAAUAAGUAAAUUUCAAAAUUAGUUUUAAAAUCCCAUAUUGGCAAAACAAAGAAUAGGUAAAAUUAUGACCAGGACUCAUUGUUGCCCUUAGUUUCAAGAGGUUUUUUGUUUUUGUUUUUUGGUUUUUUAUUUUCUUCUUAAAGAGCAAAAUAUAAUUAAAGAAGGAAAGAAAUAGAAGUAAAGAAAUGUGUGAGAAUUGUUUGCAGAUGUAUUGGUUGAAAGUGUUUUUAGCACAUCCCCUAUCUUGAGAACUCUACAUUAUGAGAGCACUGCACAAUUUUGGCAGCUCUAAGGUAUUCUGUGUUCUCAAAAUGAGGAAUUACCCAUUACUGGAUAUUCUUUCCCAAAUAGAUUGGUAUUUACAAAUUGCACAGACUUCCAAGUUUUAUGGAAAAUUUGAAUGUACUGUGAAAAUGCAUAUCUGGUUAAUAGUCUAUUAUCCAAAUCUUAUCAAUACAGGUAACCAACCAGUAUUUAACAUAACAUGAUACAAACAAAGGCCUUUUUCUGCUUCAGUGAGGCUCUACAUUUUCUUGAGAUUUAGUUUAAGGAUAUUUAGUUUAUGGGUCUGUUUUAAAAAACAAAGCUACAAGGGAUGAUUGUAUAUAUAGUAAUAUUUAGAUUUAUUUAAAAUUCAUCUAAGAGAAGGAAGCCUAGAUGUAUAAUUUUUACCAGAACAUAUGGAAAAAUUGCAAAAAGAUGAAAGCCAGUUAUAUUAUCCCAUCCACUAGAAAUUACCAGUAUAAUUAAACAUAAAAAUAUUCCAGUUUAGAAUAUUUAAGCAUAGAUAGCUAUCUUUCUUAAGGCCGAAGAGGAUAAUUUUGUCAUAUUUAAAGGGCUUAAAUUUUAGAAUUCACAAUAAAUUGCCUUUUUAAAAAUCAAGCAUUUUAUACAAGAAAAGAUUUUAUUUUCAAUUUUUUAACUACCAAAUAGGUGUGAUAUACUUUAGAAGUAAUCAAAGGUGUUCACUUAUGACACUGGAUGUUAUAAUUCCUACAGUUGUUCUUUUCAUUUUUAAACUGUAUUUUAACAGUGGAAGCAUCUAGCAUGUAAGUGAUUCUAAUAAUUAAAAAACAAAGGGAUUAAUAUUGGUCGUUAUAUGUUUGCAUUUUAAGUUUUCUAUAAAUGGAUGUAAAUGUAGGUUUUUGCCCACAAAUAUAUUUAAAUGGAUUUUUCUUAAUUUGAGUUGCAUUUAAUCUUUUUAUUUCAAGUAAUUAGUUACACAUUGAGUUACAUUGCCAGUUAUUUUAAAGUUCUCAACUUCAGUGAGACAAAAUAUACUAAAAUGUUUAAAUAGCCUUAUUUGGUCUUACAUCUCAACAUUUUAGUAACUUGGCUUACAGUAAUCAGGUUCCAUGUGAUGACAUAUGUCCUUUGGUUUUAAAAACAAGCUUCCAUUUUGUUAAAAUAUUUUACCACAUGGAAUAGACUAGUCUGCACAACUAAUGUACUUAAUUACUGGUAACUCAGUUACCUUCUAACUACUGAGCCACAUUCUCCCAGUUUAUAAAUGAUUCCCUGGGAACCCUCGGAAUCUGUAUUAAAUCUUUCAGUCUUUUAUCUCUUCUGAUUGUAUUCUCUUAAUCUAAGUAGAGGCUAAUUAUCUAGUUUAUUGGCUUCUAUUUUGAAGAUUUUCAGAUCAUGUUUUAGUCUCUUUUAGUUUUAUAGUCCCUGAAAGAUACAACACUAUAUAAUGUAAUGACAAUUCUAUAAUAGUAUACCACAUAGAAUUACUGUUAUUACUUGAUGAAUGAACAGUCCUAAAAUUUUUAUAUUUUAGCUGAAAGGAGUUUGAGAUUUGUGGAACCGAUGAACAAGUGAAUUAGAAACUUUUAUGUGGUACUUACCGUUCCACUCAUCUGCAAAAUAUGAAGUUAUAACUGAAAUAUACGUGCAAGUGAAUGAGAAUAAAUAAUUUUCUAGAUAUUAAUUGGGGAAAAAA